AUGUCGCUGGAGGUCAUCUACGUGGCCCGCCACGGGUUUCGUUCCAAUUGGCUUGUCGACCCCGCGACGGGUGAUUAUAGCUCCUCCAUCAGGUCGCCCACAGGCAUCGCUUCGGAUCCAGCCCUGACAGCACACGGUGUUGACCAAGCAAAGGAGCUCGGAGUCCAUCUUUUGACUGUCAGCCCUCCGAUUGAAGCCGUUUACUCGAGUCCGUACUAUCGCUGCCUCCAGACUAUUACGCCCUUCGUGGAGCUCAAGGCUGAAGAGGUGCAACGCCAAACCUCAGCGUCAUCGGUCACUACGGCGGGCGCUACCAAUGUUGCCGGCGAGACUGUUUCGACUCAGUCUGCCGCAACAAGCAUCCGUCCUGAGUCUGGAAUUGCUGAAUGGUAUGGCGCCGCACCUUUUGAACACCCGACUCCAGCUACCGCGGAGGUCUUGAAGCCAAUGUUUCCCCGGUAUGAUGAGACGUACCGGGCCGCUGUGGUUCCGGCUGUCAAGGGCGAAACCAUUGAAGGGCUUUACGAACGCGUCGCGGCUGGCGUUGGCGCCAUCAUUGACCAGUGCGAUGCCGAAGGCAUACGCGCCGUUGUCCUAUGCUCGCAUGCUGCAACCAUCAUCGCCCUGGGUCGUGUGCUGACGGGGGAAAUUCCCACUACUGUCGAUGUUGAGGAUUUUCGCGCCUUCACGUGCGGGCUCAGCAUUUUCCGACGACGGAAGAACCCCCCGCAAACGACGUCAGACGUUCUCGCUCAGGAGAAUUCCACUUAUCCAUCAUGGAAGGAUGGCAAAGGUGUGCGUGGAGGCUGGAUCUGCACGCAGAACAGCGAUUGCAGCUUUCUCAGCAGCGGCGAAGAAAGAGGAUGGCGCUUCUCUGGAGACGAAUCUUUCGACGUGGUGGACUCCGGUUCGCAGGCUGAUGCGGGCAUCGCCCUCGGCGUCGUUGUCGAAGGCAAGCCGGCAGGGGAACGGCACCGGCAACAACCGGCGACUCCCCGCAGCUCCGUCGGCGAGCAUCAUCUGUGA